GCAGUAUUCAGUAUUGCGGCCCCGGCCUCCUCCUUUGUGCUUAUCUUAGACGAGGGCUAUUCACAGUUACGUAGCAUCAUCCCCGAUAUCCUCAAGAAAGAGCCAAGAUGUCGUUGCGCCCACUGGUCGAAGGCGAUUGCGGUGGAGUCAAUCCACUGAUGCAGCUGGGCGGCCAAUUCACCCGCGAUGUGGCCCACAAAGACGAGGGCUUUGUCCAAAGGCAGUUCGAGCGGGGCACCCGUCCCGAUGAGCAGCUCAUCAAUGAGUUUCUCGGCCAGGUGGCUGCCCCUCCGCAAUCCUUUCAAAUGGACACGCUGCUGCAGGAGAUGCGGGACAUAAACAUUAAUGGGCUGCCGCAGCAGCAACAACAUCAGGCCGAUCAAUGGAGCCAGGAUUUCACUCGCGGCCUUGCCCCUCCACUGCCCAAGCAGAUGAUUCACAUGCACCCACAGCAACAGGAGAUGAUGCAUGCGCAGGAGUUCUUUGACGAGCCAUUGAUCACCAGCCAAAACUUCAUGGCACGCCAGCCGUACAUGGCCAUCACAGCUGCUCCGCCACAGCAAGACCCCUUCUUUGACUCUGCCAUGGAGACCAUAAUCACAGACAACCUGCCCAGGGCCGCCCAGGGGGAGUCCGUGGCGGACUGGAUCACCGACUACCAACGCAGCACUGAACAGAAGGAACAGACAGCGUCCAAUUUUAACGAGAAGUUCUGGCAGCGUCUGCAGGACGAAUGGCAGAAGCUGGCCGAGGAGAACGAGCAUCCAUGGCUCUCGGAAUACAACGAGAAUCUCGAUGCCUACAAGGAGUACGAGUUUGCCGAAGAAAAUCCCAUGUCCGAGCUGGAGAAUGCGUUCGAAAAAGGCAAAGAGUACCUCACCAAGGGUGACAUUCCCAGUGCUGUUCUCUGCUUUGAGGUGGCCGCCAAAAAGGAGCCAGAACGCGCCGAGAUCUGGCAGCUGCUGGGCACCUCACAGGCCGAAAAUGAAAUGGAUCCACAGAGCAUUUCUGCCCUAAAACGUGCACUGGACCUUCAGCCGGAGAACCGGGAGGUGCUUAUGGCCCUGGCUGUGUGCUACACCAACGAGGGAUUGCAAAAUAAUGCUGUGAAAAUGCUCUCCAACUGGCUGGCGGCGAAUCCCAGGUACCAGCACCUGAUAGCCGCCCAUCCGGAGCUGCAGUUCGAGGGCACCUCGCUGGCGUCGUCCCUGAUUGGAGCCAGUAAACUGCGAGAUCUCCAGCAGAUCUACCUGGAAGCAGUUCGCCUCCAUCCGGCCGAGGUCGAUGCUGAUGUGCAGGAGGCCUUGGGCGUGCUCUACAAUCUCUCGGGUGAAUUCGACAAGGCCGUUGACUGCUAUCAAUCCGCUCUGCAAAAGGAUCCCCAGAAUGCCAAGACAUGGAACCGCCUGGGCGCCAGCCUGGCCAACGGCUCGCGCUCCGUGGAGGCCGUUGAGGCAUAUCAACGUGCCCUGCAACUGCAGCCGGGCUUCAUCCGGGUCCGCUACAACGUCGGUGUUUGCUGCAUGAACCUCAAGGCCUACAAGGAGGCUGUGGAGCACCUGCUGACGGCCCUCACCAUGCAGGCCCACACGAAUGCCGCCCGGGAGCUGCCCAAUGCGGCUAUGGCGGCCACCAGCAGUGGCCAGAACCAGAUGUCCGAAUCGAUUUGGAGCACUGUCAAGAUGGUCAUCUCGCUAAUGGGCCGCAGCGACCUGCAGGGUCAUGUAAGCGAUCGCAACUUGGCGGCCCUCAACGAAGCCUUCAAGGACUAACGAACAUGGGGACUGCAAGUCCAUUCCAUCCUUUUUUUUUUGUAUGUAUUCCAAAAUUUUCGGACGUACAUACGUCUUCGUUUACAUUUCCACCGGCAUCUCGGAGAGUCGGAAUUUAUGUUCUGUUUUGAUGAAUUAGAAAUCCAAUUGUUGUCUUAUAUAUGGAUAUAUGGAUCAAUCCGUAAGCAAUAAAAUAAGUGUUAAAAAAAAGAAAU